UAUCGAGAGUAGCUCCAUUUUAUUUUUCUUUGGUCUUUAAUCUCUAAUUCUUGUCAACACAGCCAUCAAAUCUAUCAAUUGUUACAGUAUUUGGGUGUAAAGAUGCCUCCCGAGAAAAGGAACAAUUUCCUAGACGCAGAUGAAAGCGAAGAUGACGGUAGUCAAGGUUAUGAUUCCGAGAUCGAACAAUUACACAAAGGUGGCCGAAUCGCAAAGCGUCGCAAAUUGAGCGACGAUGCUGCCAGCGACGAAGAUGACGAGCACAGCGCCGAAGAAGAAAUUGGAGAUAAUGACAUUGUAGAAGAAGACGGCGACGACGACGACGACGAAGUGGAAGACGACUUCCCUACAAAGUCCAAUAGCGCUAAGCUGAAGCCCGAAGAUUUACAAACAGAAUUGCCUGAUAUCUCACGUCCACUUACCAAAAAGAAUUUGGUCGCUACGGAAAAGGCAAUCAAGAAAUCCGGCCUCGUUUAUCUCUCGCGCAUACCACCUUUCAUGAAGCCUAUGAAGCUACGAUCACUCCUCGAACCAUAUGGCAAAAUUAACAGGAUCUUCCUCACUCCCGAAGACCCUCAGGAACGUUCUCGACGUAUUCGACAAGGUGGAAAUAAAAAACACAUGUACACCGAUGGGUGGGUGGAAUUUGUCGAAAAGAAGGAUGCUAAGAAAGCUGUCGAUCUGUUGAAUGCCCGAACGAUAGGAGGGAAAAAGAAUAGUUAUUAUCGGGACGACAUCUGGAACCUUCUCUAUUUGAAGGGGUUUAAAUGGCACAACCUCACGGAGCAGAUCAAUUCGGAAAUGGCCGAAAGGACGAGCAGAAUGAGGGCAGAAAUCAGCAAAUCAACUAAGGAGAACAAGGAGUUUGUAAGGAACAUCGAGAAAGCCAAAGUGUUGGGAGGGAUACAGGCCAAAGCAGCCGCAAAAAGGAGCAGGGGUGAAGACGACACUACUAAAUCUGUGCCUAUUACAACAAAAGAUUCGGAAGAUUAUAGGAAUAUGCGGAAAUUUAAGCAAGCUUCUGUGGGGAGGAAUGGAGUGGAAAAGGCCCCCGAGGAAGCCAAACGAGUCCUCAGUCAGCUUUUUUGA